CAACAAUGCAUUGACGUACGUAGUGUGUGAAACAUGGAGCAAGCAGCUGCAACAGGUGGUACUGAGAUGAGAAGAGAGGUAGAAGAAGGCUUAGAGAUGGCUAUACUGUACAAGGCAAUAUGUGACAACAACUGGUUGGCUGCAAAAGUAUUCAUUGAUGCCCAUCCUGGUUGCUUGAACGCGGAACUCUCUGCUAAAACUGGCGAAACAGCUCUUCAUGUGGCCGCAAAGUUCGGCCGUGUGGGCAUCGUGGAGGAGUUGGUGAGAUUAGUGCCAUCUGAGUAUCUUGAAAUACCCGAUGCUCUUGGCCAUACUCCACUUAUAACAGCUGCAAUGCAUAGCGGACUCAUUCCAACUGCAGCAUGCUUGAUCCAGAAAAAUAGCAAUGUACUUGCAAUAGGCAAUCCAUGGCUUCCUGUCGCAUCGGCUUUUCGUAAUGGCCACAGCCAGAUGGGACGCUAUCUCUAUUCUCUCACUCCUUUGCGAGUCUUAAAACCAGAAAAUGGCCUUCCGGGUCCUACCCUUCUCACACAAUGUUUUUUCUCAGGAAAUCUUGAUAUUGCGUUGGAUUUGCUUCGUCGAUGCCCAGAGCUGCUUUUCGCUCCUGACGCCAAGCCGAUGGCAGCGAUUGUCCGAAUCGUGUUCUUCCUUCCUCAAUCUUCUCUCAACACAAGUCAACUUGGGUUCUGGAAGAGAUGGCUUUAUCACUAUACCAAGACACCAUCAACCACUACCACUGAGCAUUCCUUUGUAGAUAUGAAAAACGAAAGCGAGAGUAACAAAGCCCAAGGGUUAAAUCUAUUGCAGUUUCUCAUCUCCCACAUCUAUAACUUUUCAGGAAUGAAGGAAAUCUACAAGAUGAAGUUGCAACAUGCACAAGCAACUGAAAUUUUAAACCUAGUUUGCGAGAAUCUAAAAUUUCUAGAUCUCAAUAAAAAGAACAAGAUUGCAGAAGCAAUCAAUGUUGCAGCUAGGGAAGGGAAAGCUGAGUUUUUGUUACGAGUUGUCAAAUCAAACCCAGAACUCAUCUCGUUGGUCACUUUUCCUCAUCCAGAGGGCCACAUUUUCUUCACUGCCAUUUCAUAUCGUCAAGCUGAGAUUUUCAACCUCAUCCAUGGGUUUCGAUUUAGGAAUGCAGCAUCAUCACUCAUUUUUCCCAACAGCAAUACCUUGUUCCAUGUGGCAGCCAUGUUGGCUCCUGCUUCACAACUCAACCGCAUAUCUGGUGCCGCUUUACAAAUGCAAAGAGAAUUGCAGUGGUUCAAGGAAGUAGAGAGUGUGAUGGAUCCUGGAAAUAGGUUAUUUCAAAAUAAUGAGGGGUUGACUCCAGUGGAAUAUUUCAAGAUAAACCACAAAGAACUGAGGAAUGAAGGGGAGAAAUGGAUGAAAGAUACUGCAUCUUCAUGCUCAGUUGUGGGUGCUCUGAUCGUCACCAUCAUGUUUGCGGCAGCUUUUACAGUUCCAGGAGGGAAUGAUCAAAAUUCUGGGUACCCAAUGUUUCUGAAAGAAAAGUUGUUCAAGGUUUUUUUAAUUUCAGAUGCAUUGUCAUUGUUUGCGUCUACUACUUCUGUGCUUACAUUUUUAGGAAUCCUUACGUCACGCUAUACAGAAGAAGACUUCCUUUACUCCUUGCCUACAAAACUGAUCAUAGGCCUUUCUACACUUUUUCUCUCCAUUGCAACUAUGAUGAUGGCCUUUUCUACAACCAUAAUCAUCAUGUUGCAACAUCAGUCAUCACGUGCAGGGGCAUUUCUUCCAGUUAUUAUGCUUGCUAGUGUUCCGGUGACCCUCUUUGUGUUAUUACAAUUCCCUCUUCUUGUCGAAAUAAUUUCUUCUACUUAUGGUCGUGGCAUUUUCAACAAGAAGGUAGAGAAAUGGCCUUGAAUGUGUGUGUAUAUGUCUUAUUGUCUAGGAGGAAGGGGACCAGCAAAGGCUAAUACCCCUUCAAAUUUUUUAAAUUUUUCUUAGUAUUAUAUAGAUAUUACAUAUUUCCAACCUUCCAAAUUUAUGAAA